GCUCUCUGCCUCCCUCUCUCUCCCCCUCUCGUUCUCGCUCUCGUUCUCGCUCCCUCUCACUGUCUCUCUCUCAGAUAAGGAGAGUCUCAUUACAGAGAGUGGCAAGCUGCAAACCCUGGACCUCCUUCUGAGUCGUCUCAAGACUCAGGGACACCGCGUCCUGAUCUAUUCCCAAAUGACCCGCAUGAUAGACUUACUGGAGGAGUACAUGGUUUACCGAAAGCACACCUACAUGCGUCUGGACGGCUCCUCCAAGAUCUCAGAACGCAGAGACAUGGUGGCAGACUUCCAAAGCCGGACGGACAUCUUUGUGUUUCUGCUGAGCACACGGGCGGGGGGGCUGGGCAUCAACCUGACCGCUGCGGACACGGUGAUCUUCUACGACAGCGACUGGAACCCCACGGUGGACCAGCAGGCCAUGGACCGGGCCCACCGGCUGGGCCAGACCAAGCAGGUCACCGUGUACCGGCUCAUCUGCCAGGGCUCCAUCGAGGAGAGGAUCCUGCAGCGCGCCAAGGAGAAGAGCGAGAUCCAGCGGGUGGUGAUCUCAGGCGGGAACUUCAAGCCCGACACCCUGAAGCCCAAGGAGGUGGUCGGCCUGCUGCUGGACGACGACGAGCUGGAGAAGAAACUGCGCGUCAGACAAGAGGAGAAGAGGGACCUGGAGGAGUGCAGCAAGGUGAAGGACCGCAAGAGGAAGAGGGAGAAAUACGCAGAGAAGCUCCAGAAGAAGGGGGAGGAGUCGGAGCCCAAGCGGGGGAAGGAGGUGAACCUGGUCAUCGCCCACGCGCCCUCGGCCGACAACUCCAACCUCUCGGCCGACGGGGAGGACUCCUUCAUCAGCGUGGACAUGGACUCUGCCAUGCCCAGCCCCUUCAGCGAGAUCUCCCUGAGCAGCGAGCUGCAGACGGGCUCCCUGCCCCCCCCGGACGCCGAGGGCGACGAGAGCAGCAGCGACAUGCUGGUGAUCGUGGACGACCUGGCCUCGUCGUCGGCCCCCCAGUCCCGCGCCACCAACUCCCCCGCCUCUGUCUCCGGCUCCGUCUCGGACAACGUCAACGGUAUUUCAGCUCAGGACGCUGUGGGCCCCGGGAGGGGGAGGUCUGGCCGCAGCCGCGGCCGGCCGAAAGGCUCUGGGGGCGGAGCUAAAUCGGCGGGGAAGGGGCGUGGCCGCAAGUCCACCGCCGGAAGCGCGGCAGCGAUAGCGGGGGCGAUGGCGGGGGCGGCGGCGGCGUCAGCCGCAGCCUACGCCGCCUACGGCUACAGCAUGGGCAAAGGCCUGCCUACGGCCGGCACUCUGCAGCCGGCUCUGGGCCGCUCCGGCGCGGCCCCGGCGGCCUCCAGCCCAGCCUUCAGCCCGGGCAGCAGCUCCUCUCCCCAGGCCAAGAGAGGGGCCUCCACCCCCAGCCCCCACAAACACUCUGCGCACGCCGGCCACGGCUCGGCACGCAAGGGCAAGGGGCCCGCCGGACCGGGGCCACAGUAGUGUACACACACACACACACACACACACACACACACACACACACACACACACACACACACACACACACACACACACACACACACACACACACACACACACACACACACACACACACACACAGAGGAAUAACCAGCUAUGGUAAGCAAAUGUGGACACCAUGAAAAAAAGACAAGCAGUCCCUCUUGCGCUCCGCCCUGAAACCAGACCUGCUCUCACUGUGAUCUCUCAGAAAGCUGGCCGCACAGUACCCACACUGUCAAGGGAACAGCAUUCACUAAAUGAAGGAACGCACUCUAUUACAAAGUCACACACACACACACACCCACACGCGUGCGCACACAAAGAGUUACAAUGCCCCGCAGUCCCUCCCAGUUGGUAUGUUGCGUUUCUUAUCUCCAAGCGUCCGAAUGGCGUCUCCUGCUGCGGAUAUUGGCUUGCAUUGUGGCAGGAGAGUUUCUUAAGUGCUUUGGAGAUGAGACAACCUGGUUCCUCCUCUUGUGUUGUUUGUUCUAUUUUGUGUCCUUCUGUGGUCAUGUUCUGGGAGUCAUUGAUGGUAACGCCUAGGUUAUAUACAUAUGUUUGUAUGUAUGUGUAUAUACAUAUAUAUAUAUAUAUAUAUAUAUAUAUAUAUAUAUAUAUAUAUAUAUAUAUAUAUAUAUAUAUAUAUAUAUAUAUAUAUAUAGAUAUAUCCAUACACAACAUUUUAACCAACGUCAUACAUAAAGGGCUUUGAAAACGUAUCACCCAGUGCGAGAGAGUCCGAUGAGUCUGAUGCACUGAGCAAUGUCUUCCAUUUGCAUGUCUUACUUUGUAAGUAUUUUCUUUUUUUUUUAUUCUUUUUUUUUAUUGUUCAGUUCCUGAACUUCAAGCUGUUGGAUCCUCCAUCCUCUGCAUUUCCAAAAUGUGAAUCCAUACCACACCAUACAAAACGUGUUCUCACUUUUGUACGAUAGCUCUUAUUUUUGUAAUGGACGACCUACGAAACCGUACAAGCAUGGCAUAGCCUAAACAACUUUUCUCAAACCUUUUUUGUCCAUGAAAACUUUUAUAUGAUGCGAUAUGUUUCGAUUAAAAACCAAUGCAGCGAUAUUUUUUUAAAUCGGAUGAUUACAAAAAAAACUUGAAGGCUAAUGAAACAUAUUUCAAGACGAUGCUGCUGCUUGGACUCAGAGCAUUUCGAUUUAAAUUAUUUGAAUGUUUAUUGCUUAAGUUAUACAGGUUAUGAUCAGAAAGGAUGAGUUGUGACUGUGAUGUGAAAAUUUCCAUACAAUACAAAGUAAAUUAUAGUGUUUCUUUUCGAGAUUGCUUAGAAUUUGUGUUCAUAUUUCAAAAAAAGGUACACAAUUCUCAAAUGUUUUAGAUUGUUUAUCGUUGAUGGUUUUGGAAUGGCAAAUGUUUUGUAUGUCAAUCACUACAUUCGUCUUAGGUUUUCUUGUUUAGUGUUAAUAGUGUGAUAAAAUAUGUUCUAUAUUGAUGUACAUAAUAUUGAGAGCAACAUUUCCUUUGGUCUCCCUUAUGUGCUUAUCUAUUUUUAUAGGUUAUGUGUACAUAAAAAAAGUGCGCCAUUUUACUAACAGGAAAAGCCAAUUGAAAAUAAAACUGUGCUAAAUCUGGUUAAUUGUGAGAUUUUUUACAUUUGCAUCUAGAAUCAAGGGCAGACAUUCUUCUUGACUCCAAUUAGAAUGAAUCACUUGAGUUAUUUUUCUUAUGUUUACGACCUUUUGAAUUCAUCUUUCAAGUCUUUUGACAGCUGCUUAAUGUCAGAGUCCCGCCAACAGCACAGCCACACAAACAUGAUUUCAUCUUGGAACUUUCACGUUUCUCAAGUGAAAGUUGAACAACUUUCACUUGAACGUGUUCGAGUACACGUUGCAUAACUCUAAGGUGAAGUAAACGCUGAUAAGAUAGGAGGGUGUGGAUGUUGACACACAUCUAUACUGAUGCACUGUUCUCAUUGCAUCCAGUAUGGGUCACAUAUCCAAAAUGUUUUCAACAUCGAACUCCCAUAUCUACAGCGCACUUCACAAAUACUCGAGUAUAAAAGGUUAUUGUUAAUAUUCUGGGUUCGAAGAACAUGUGUGUUAUUGGUAAAAUCCUGGGUUAGAAGUGUGUGUGUGUGUGUUUUCAUGGUAAUAUUCUGGGUUCCAAGAGGUGGGUGUGUGUAUUAUUUUUCUUUGAGGGCUCAAGGAUUUGUGUUGUGUUGAACUCUGACUUGUUCGUGGAACAGACGGUAAACACAGGACUUCCAGGUCUGAGGUAGUUCCCUUCCCAGCCCGGGGUGUUACGUAAGCCUGCGCACCUCCAGUGCGGUCUUGAGCUCCGGCCAAGGAACACGCUAGCCCAGCCAAUUCGGGUUCGGGUGUGUCCAGGAGUGUUUACAUGCAUCUCAGCCCAUGUAUGGCGCUUCCAGCUAGACGUCUAUAUCCGCGCACAGGCUCGCAUGGCUCUUGAAAUACGAUGGUGUUUACAAGGCGUUGAAAAACCACAAGUCCUUCGACUACAAAUUCAAAACCAUAUUGGGCUGCACCAGUUCAGAAUAGCUUCCUUGUAUUUGUACGUCUACACUAAUUAGUCACAACUUAAUAGCAAUGCAAUCAAAGGUCACGUCGUGAGCUGAGGUUUGCCCGAAGUGAAUGCUAUGCCCAUGAGGGAGGGGAUUUUAGCCUAUAUGAGUUUCAUUACUCACUAUGCAAAAGCAAGUCACACCGAAACAGAAACCAUUGUUCAAAACUUUAUUUCAGUCUGUGAAACUGGUCGUAUUCGUCAUCACAUGUCAACACAACCAGCAGUCCUUUAGCAGUGCAAAUACAUAUUUAGCUUAUUGUGAACCCAACAUGAGGGGUAAACAUAGAGCACAACAAUGUGGUUUACAGUUGCUCACAGGCUUGGGGAUACAGUUACAGUAAAUGAAUGG